GUGAAGCGUGUUGUCGGUAGCUCAACGAUGGCGAGCGCCGCUGCGAAACAACCCGCGAAAACCGCGAGCAAAGCUCCGGCCGGAGGUGCAGCAGGCGGUGCACAGGCCCCGCCGCUCACAUCUCCGCUCAUGGGGGGUUUAAAUAAAAAGAAGAAGCCGUUUCUGGGCAUGGCCGCGCCGCUCGGAUACGUGCCCGGUCUGGGCAGAGGUGCUACGGGUUUCACCACACGAUCUGAUAUCGGUCCUGCUCGUGACGCUAAUGACCCGGUGGACGACCGUCACGCGCCCCCUGGAAAGAGGACGGUGGGUGACCAGAUGAAAAAGAGUCAGGAAGAGGACGAGGAAGAUCUGAACGACACCAACUACGAUGAGUUCAACGGCUAUGCAGGCAGUCUGUUCUCCAGUGGGCCGUAUGAGAAAGACGAUGAAGAGGCAGACGCCAUCUACGCCGCCCUGGAUAAACGAAUGGAUGAGAGGCGCAAGGAAAGAAGGGAGCUGCUAGAGAAAGAAGAGAUAGAGAAGUAUCGUAUGGAGCGGCCCAAAAUUCAGCAGCAGUUUUCAGAUCUCAAGAGGAAGCUGGCUGAGGUCACAGAGGACGAAUGGUUGAGUAUUCCCGAAGUGGGGGAUGCCAGGAACAAACGACAGAGGAACCCACGUUUUGAGAAGCUCACGCCAGUUCCAGACAGUUUCUUUGCCAAGCAUCUUAAGACUGGAGAAAAAAACACAAGUGUUGAUCCUCUGCAGGGGCAAUUUGGUGGUCUCAACACACCUUUCCCUGGUGGCCUGAACACACCCUACCCAGGGGGCAUGACACCUGGCGCAGGAGAGCUGGACAUGAGGAAGAUCGGUCAGGCCAGGAACACUUUGAUGGACAUGAGGCUUAGUCAGGUCUCGGACUCAGUGAGUGGACAAACAGUCGUUGAUCCCAAAGGUUACCUCACUGAUCUUAAUUCAAUGAUCCCCACCCAUGGUGGAGACAUCAGUGACAUCAAGAAGGCCCGUCUUCUGUUGAAGUCCGUGAGAGAAACAAACCCCCACCACCCGCCCGCUUGGAUAGCCUCUGCACGUUUGGAGGAAGUGACAGGAAAACUGCAGGUGGCCAGAAACCUCAUCAUGAAAGGCACCGAAAUGUGUCCCAAGAGUGAGGAUGUCUGGCUAGAAGCUGCCCGACUGCAGCCAGGAGACACGGCAAAGGCAGUUGUCGCCCAAGCAGUACGUCACCUCCCUCAGUCUGUGCGCAUCUACAUCAGAGCUGCUGAACUAGAGACAGACAUCAGAGCCAAGAAAAGAGUGCUCAGGAAAGCUCUGGAGAACGUCUCCAAGUCAGUGCGUUUAUGGAAGACGGCUGUCGAACUGGAGGAGCCAGAAGAUGCUAGAAUCAUGCUAAGCAGAGCGGUCGAGUGCUGCCCUACCAGUGUAGAGCUCUGGUUGGCCCUGGCCCGAUUAGAAACAUAUGAGAACGCUCGUCGGGUUCUGAACAAAGCUCGUGAAAACAUCCCCACAGACCGGCAUAUCUGGAUCACAGCCGCUAAGCUGGAAGAGGCCAAUGGCAACACACAGAUGGUGGAGAAGAUUAUUGACAGAGCCAUCACCUCACUGGGGGCCAACGGCGUGGAGAUAAACCGCGAACAGUGGAUUCAGGAUGCUGAGGAGUGUGAUAAGGCCGGCAGCGUGGCCACGUGUCAGGCUGUGAUCAGAGCCGUGAUUGGGAUUGGCAUUGAAGAAGAGGACUGUAAACAUACGUGGAUGGAGGACGCUGACAGCUGCGUGGCUCAUGGCGCUCUGGAGUGUGCCCGUGCCAUCUAUGCCCACGCGCUGCAGGUCUUUCCCAGCAAGAAGAGCGUCUGGCUAAGGGCCGCUUACUUCGAGAAGAAUCAUGGUACUCGAGAGUCUCUGGAGGCUCUGUUACAGAGGGCUGUAGCUCACUGUCCCAAAGCGGAGGUCCUGUGGCUGAUGGGGGCUAAAUCAAAAUGGCUGGCUGGAGAUGUUCCUGCUGCCAGAAGCAUCUUGGCUUUGGCGUUUCAGGCUAACCCCAACAGUGAGGAGAUCUGGCUGGCUGCUGUGAAACUGGAAUCAGAGAAUAAUGAAUACGAGAGAGCGCGCAGGCUGUUGGCCAAGGCCCGCAGCAGCGCCCCCACUGCCAGGGUGUUCAUGAAGUCAGUAAAGCUGGAGUGGGUGCUGGGAAAUAUCCAAGCCGCACAUGAGUUGUGUACCGAAGCCCUGAAGCAUUAUGAAGAUUUCCCCAAACUUUGGAUGAUGAGAGGGCAGAUCGAGGAACAGUCGGAGAACGUUGACAAAGCGCGAGAGGCCUACAACCAGGGUCUGAAGAAGUGCCCACAUUCCAUGUCCUUAUGGCUCCUUUUGGCCCGUUUGGAGGAGAAAGUUGGGCAGCUCACACGUGCUCGAGCCAUCCUUGAAAAAGCUCGAUUAAAGAAUCCACAAGCUCCCGAACUGUGGCUCGAGUCCGUCCGUCUCGAAUUCAGAGGGGGCUUGAAAAACAUUGCCAACACGCUCAUGGCCAAAGCCCUGCAGGAGUGCCCCAACUCUGGCAUCCUAUGGGCCGAAGCCGUGUUCCUGGAGGCUAGACCUCAGCGCAGGACCAAAAGCGUUGACGCUCUGAAGAAGUGCGAACACGAUCCUCACGUACUGCUGGCAGUGGCCAAAUUGUUCUGGAGCGAGAGAAAGAUAUCGAAAGCCAGAGAAUGGUUCCUGCGCACGGUCAAGAUCGAGCCGGACUUGGGCGACACCUGGGGAUUCUUCUACAAGUUCGAGCUUCAGCAUGGAACAGAAGAGCAGCAGCAGGAGGUGAAGAAGCGGUGCGAGAAUGCUGAACCCCGCCACGGUGAACUGUGGUGUGCCGACUCCAAGCACGUUCUAAACUGGCAGAAGAACAUCGGAGAAAUUCUGGUUCUCGUGGCUUCAAAGAUCAAAAACACCUUCUGAAGUCCUGGACUGACAGCAGAUUUUCAAAUCUUAGAAUGUAGUUUUAAGAGAAUCUGUGGAUGAACGCUGUUGGGUUUUGUUUUUUAAAGACUAUUUUUUUCACCAUUAACAUUUUGUGUCCUCUGGACCAGUGAUGGCUUCUUUAUUUCAGAUGCGUUUUCUGUAAUAUUCUUAGAAAUAAGAAUACCAAGAGAUGUGCAACCAUUUCAAGGAUUGUUUCUAGCACCCUCGGACAUCAUCACUAUUUUCUACUUGUCACGCUUGUGUAAAUGUGCUGCUCAUUGGCAAAUAAAUGAAGUCUGUAAUAUGCUUCAGA